AUGGCCCUAUCAACAUUCUCAACGGUUUCAUUGGAAGAUGUCAUUUCUGAGCGUAAAGAGGGCCAGAAUCCAUACGCGUUCCAGCCAAUUUUCCCCAGGGAUCGCAGUAAAACACUUAAUUGGAUGAAGCGAGCUGAAAAAUGUGGUUACAAAGCUAUUUUCAUCACUGUCGACGCUCCAGUUACGGCAAAUCGUCUGAGAAAGAAAAGAAACAGCUUAGAGCUGCCCCCUCACCUUUCCUUCCCUCUCCUGUCGGCCAGUCGGGACAGAUCGGAUCACGAGUCUGGUCACGAUCCGAGUAAAACUUGGGACGACGUUAUCCCAUGGGUGAAAGCUAAUACAAGUUUAGAAGUAUGGUUGAAAGGGAUCUCUUGCCCAUAUGAUGUUUCGAAAGCAAUUGACUACGGCCUUGACGGCCUGAUCAUCUCAACCCACGGAGGAAGACAGUUAGAUGGUGUUCCAGCAGCCAUUGACAUCUUGGCAGAAUGUGCUCCAUUGGCGAAUGGUCGCAUAAAGGUUGGAUUCGACAGUGGAAUCCGUCGAGGAGCUGAUAUAUUCCGUGCUUUAGCUUUAGGUGCCGACUUUUGUUUCCUUGGAAGAAUUCCCUUAUGGGGUCUUGCUUACGACGGACAAAGUGGAGUUGAGCUAGCGGUGAGAAUUCUGGAGGAGGAGCUUCGCAAUACUAUGGCACAUGCAGGGUGGGUAAUACAUUCAAAUGCGAAGUCAUGUCACUUCGAUACUAACUGUGCACAAGUUGUGCUUCAUUAA